GAGUUCGAGGAAAAGAAAGAGAAGAAUUGAAGGAUAGUCGGAGAAAGUAGUAGCUAGCCGUGUGAUUAGUUAGACUCGAGACGCGACGGCCUAUCAAAAGACACGAUUCGUGUCACGUGACACAGAUGUAGAAUAACAAUGGGGAUAAUACGUAUAUACAUAAUGUACUACCUCGUGUGAGAAUUCAUUUACAAACUUGCUUGGGUCGAUCGAGUGUUGUUUCAGUAAAAAUUUAUUUUAUUAAAUUCUUUAUAUAAACGUAUUUUGUAUAGACAAUAAUAAUGGCUGACGAUGAUUUCGACGGAGACGAAGUCGCUGAUGAUUUUGAUGAUGUUGAUGAUGACGAUAAUAUCGAAUUAGAACCACAAGAGGAAGAUGGUGAAAACAUUGAAUUAUUAGCCGCUGGAGAAGCUUCUGGGGGCGUUCAAAGAUCUAAAAGAAUCACUACGAGAUACAUGACAAAAUAUGAAAGGGCACGGGUGUUAGGGACAAGAGCGUUACAGAUAGCUAUGUGCGCUCCUGUGAUGGUUGAAUUAGAAGGUGAGACGGAUCCUUUACAAAUUGCAAUGAAAGAAUUAAAGCAAAGGAAAAUUCCUAUUGUAAUUCGACGGUAUUUACCAGAUAACAGUUAUGAAGAUUGGGGCAUCGAUGAAUUGAUUAUAAUAGAUCACUAAACUAUAAGAUAAUAAAAAAAUAUUUUUUUCUUAAAUGUAAUAAGUAUACGCAAACUUGUUAAGUAUAUAAAUAUGUAGGAUUAUUACCUUAA